CACAACACACAGUUUAACAUGAGCUGUGAGGCUGAGAAUGAUUGGGUGAAUUCAUGAUGAUGUAUCUGGGCGGAGACUUUCUGAGAAGAGGAUAAACUAAAGGACCAAGACUUUGUCGUUUCACAUUUCUACAUAACGUCUGUGCUUCUCUGAGUUUAAGAUGCAGCUUUGUGGAGUCCUGACCGUCCUGGUAAUGAGUCUGUGCACAGCUCAUGGAUUAAAAUGUUACCAGUGUGUGAAAGCUGACCCUAAGAGCUGCACAAACACAGAAACUUGUCUAGCUGGAGCGGACCGCUGUUCCUCUCUCUCUGUGCUUGGUGUCCUCACUACUAAGUCCUGCAUGAACAGUAACUUAUGUGUAUCUCCAGUCUCUUGCUGUGAGGGAGACUUGUGUAAUGGGGCCAUACCUACUGGUCCCAGUGCCAUCCUCUUGUUGGUGUCCUCAGCCAUCAUCACCCUCUUUCUCUAAUGAUUUGGAAAAGCUAAUAGCUUUUCCAAUUAUGGAAGAAACCAAAUUGAAUGGAAACCAAAAUGAUGUGAUGUGAUUUAUCUAAUAAAAUAACUACUGUAACA